AUGCGGCGGGCGAGGGGCCAGAUUGACUUAGGAGAGCUGGGGAUCGGAGACCUCAGGACCAGGAGGGCAGUCACCGGCGCCCUGGUCCUAGAGAUCCCCGGUCCCGAGGGACACGCCAGGGCGGACGCCCUGGCUAAUAAAAUGGCGGCCCUCUUCGUCGACAAAGAGGACGUUCGUAUAGCGCGUCCGACGAAGAGGGCCGACAUCCGGGUCCGAGACCUGGACGAUGCGGCCACCGUGGAGGACGUCAUCUCCGCGGUGGCGGUCGCCGGGGGCUGCGGGCCCGGAGAUUUGAAGGCCGGGGAGAUCCGCCCUGGACCCGACCGCAUGGGGACCCUCUGGUUGAGGUGUCCCCUUGCGGUCGCCAGAAAGGUCACGGACGGGAGACGCAUCCGCUGGCCUCUGCUACCACUGCGGUUCGGCAGGCAACAGGGCCGCGGCGUGCGACGCACCGGCGACUUGUCCGGUGUGCCGUGA